AUGUCCACUCUCAAGGAAUCAAGGAGACUGUGCAAUUGCAAUUGGAGGCCACCGGGUAGGCAAACGCGCCCCAUUGCUAAAAUUUUCGAAUUCUGGCGGCUUUCUCACGUGAGAGUCCCUUUCUCUCAGAGCUCACUGUUUUUCUUGCAGAAAAAAUGUGCAAACGGUGGCGAGCGAGCUGUAGCGUCGCAUCGAUUACCUGAAAGAGACGGAGGAGACGAAGGCGAGAUUCGAGCAGGGUCAGCUGCUGAAACCGAUCAACGAGAGCGUCGAGAAGCAGGCUUCGCAGAAGGAUUUCCAGGAGAAGUUCCUACACAACGCCAUACAACAGCUCAAAGGUAUCGCCGUCUGAAGAUUUCAUUUUCCCCCAUUUUCCCCGCUCUUUUCGUGUCGUUUAAUUAUUGAUUGGCGGUUCACUUCAUCGAGAAAUAGAUCGCGGCGCCGUCGAAUCAGCCAAAGGCGCAGUGUUUUUCUCGUUGUCCUUUUUAUUUAUUCAAAUUCGGGAGGAUUUUUUAAAUGCAUUUUUACCAUAUUUCAAACUCAUCUACUUGAAAAAGCGCCGAGGCGGAAGCGCUUGUGGAUAAAUAAAAACAGAGGAAAACAAAAAGAGGCCGAGUUCAAAAGGAACGUCCGGAGGAGACACUAUCAAAACACUUGACAAAAAAUACUAUUAUUUGCUCUUUGAUGUUCACGAUUUGCUCAAAAAGAUCAGGAAACGAGUUGUUCCGUUGGAAAAUAGAUUAGAAAACGGAGAUAUCGAAAAAGUUUGACAACUUUUUCGAUAUCUUGACCAGGUGUCUAGACAUAACUGCGGUGCCCCACGUCAUGAUUACUCAUUUCUCGAUCGUGUUUGAUUAAUGUUGACUUUAACCCGUCAGACGUCUCAAGUGGCCGAUAGGUUCAGGUUCCCCGUGAAUCGCAACUUUCAGCUCUUUUUCAGUCCACUUCAAAGAUAAGCCAAAAAAGGAACACCACACAGUUCAAGAGGGUCUCGUUGUCUCAUUGGCACCCGAAUAG